GGUUGGUUUCUUCCAAAAAGUAAAACAUAAAGGAAUGGGUAACCCCCAUUGCCUGCACCCACUCACUCACUUCACACCGCACCACACCACACCGCACCGUAGAAAACUUCUCUCUCACUCUUUCGCUCUCGCUAGGGUUUUCUUCCAAUCGCAUCUCGAAUCUCGAUUUCGCUAAGUCAUCGCGCAAUUCUCCAUGGAGGGUGCUGGGAUGGAAGGGAAUAAUAUCAGUGAUGACAGUAGUAAGUCUGAGGCGCAUUUGACUUCCGCCGCUGCUUUUGUGGAGGGUGGAAUUCAGGACGCUUGUGAUGAUGCCUGCAGCAUAUGCCUUGAAGCCUUCUGUGACAGUGAUCCUUCCACGGUUACCAGUUGCAAGCAUGAGUUUCAUCUUCAGUGCAUUCUCGAAUGGCACGAAAAUUCCAGCCCUUGAGUAUGUCAAUGCCAAUGACUCUCGGGCCUUAUAUCAACAACCAAUUUCAUGCUGUUCCUUCAAGUGUCAAAGAAGCUCCCAGUGCCCCAUGUGUUGGCAACCUAUCAGUCUCAAAGAUCCAACAAGCCAAGAAUUACUUGAGGCAGUGGAAAGAGAGCGAAACUUUAGGAUCAAUCCACCUAGAAAUGCCACAAUAUUUCAUCAUCCCACACUGGGGGAUUUUGAGUUACAACAUUUGCCAGUUGGAGCUAGUGAUGCUGAUCUUGAAGAGCGUAUAAUCCAACACUUAGCUGCGGCAGCAGCAAUGGGAAGAGCACGACACAUUGCUAGAAGGGAAGGGCAGAGAAACAGGUCAUCAGCUCAAGGUCGCCCACACUUUUUAGUUUUUUCGACUCAUCCUAAUUCGCCUCCCAUGGCUCCUACUUCUUCCUCUCCAUCUCAGAGGGGAGAUGAUGAAGCAACUCCUACUAUUGCUGUUGCCAAUCUGUCUCCAUCUCCUGCAACAGGAGAACAAUCAUCACAACUGACUUUAGUUGCUCCUGUUCAAGAAGAGCAGGUCUCUGCUUCAGGAUCUGGAUCUAGUGCUCUUGGUACAGAACAUCAGGGAUCAUCUUACAACAAUAGGAGAUCUCCUAAUCAGUCAUCUCCAAGUAGUCAAGACAGAGCAGGUCCAUCAGAAUUGCAGUCAUUUUCAGAGUCUCUGAAAUCUAAACUGAAUGCUGUGUCAUCAAGGUACAAGGAGUCAAUUUCCAAGAGUACACGAGGGUGGAAGGAGAGAUGGUUUUCUCGUAACAAUGCUAUGUCUGAUAUUGGAUCUGAUGUUAGGCGAGAAGUUAAUGCAGGGAUUGCAACUGUGUCCCGCAUGAUGGAACGGCUGGAGACCAGAGACAGUAAUAGAAGCAAUAUUAAUUCAGCUCCAAGUAAUUUAGAGGAUGAUUCAGUUCAAGGACCUAAUGAUCAGGCUUUAACUGGCACUGAAGGGGGCGGUCUUUUGGGAGACAAUAACACAAAAGCUUCUUGUGCUGCAGGUUCCAGUUCGAGUUAAGCAUACAGAAGGAAUUGCAAAAACUGAGAUUUGUUCUGUCUAAAAGGUAGAAAUAGGAUUGCCCAUUGGGGAUGUGAAAUUCCAUGGAUGUGAUGCAUUGCCUAUUGGCUGGCGCAGGCCAGGCAAGUGAUAAUCCAUUGGCCUGCAGAAGAAGAUCUACAAUUAUGAUUUUGGAAAUAAAGAUACUUGAAAAGGCUGCAGUGGUCUCUUUCGUUUGAAACUUAGGAACCUAUAUAUGAUUGUAUAUUCACAUUGUAAACUUAUUUAUAGAUAUUUCUCAGAUAAUCUUUUACAUAAAGUGCUAUGUCCUCAUCUGUUCCCAAACUCAACGACAAUUGAGGGCAUUAAGUCAUACUCUGAAAUUUCUGUUUGAUUGUGAAA